GGAGAAAAGCCAGGCAGGAAGAGGCAGUAAUAAGAAACAUUUUUAACUUCUCCCACAUCCAGAGCUUGCCAAACCGCUGCUUUCAGCAAGAGGGAAAGAGCAGGGGGGCUGGAAAGAGGAUCCUGUCUCCCCCCACAACCCAGCCUUACACACUCCCAGCUGCCUUCAACUCUGUGGCUUCCUUGAAACGGACUUCACUGGAGCUCAGCUUCAGCCCCAAUCUGGGGGCACUGUUCUUACUGAAGUGAAAAUCCAGGAGGACUGGAACCGUCGUUGGAAAGGAAACCCAUGAAUCCAUCUCAGGCCAUGCAUCUGAAACCCAUGAAGAGAUGCCCAGUGUGACUUCAGUCAACAACUUUCCCAGAAAAUAAAAACCCAUCUCGGACUCUGGUACCAAAGAAAAUGCUUUCAUCUGAGGAAUCCUCAGCCAAGGCCUGCUGAAAGGAGAUAGACGGCAGGAUACGGUUUAAAGCCCAAGUUUGCUCCGUUCUGUAUACAAAGACUCCUGGACAAAAUGCUUCAAGGACUUAUCAUGGGUAUUUUCUUGAUGAUCCUGAAUCUCCAAAGAAGCUUUAUCACUAGUGAGCUGACCUGUGCUUGUGAUGAACACGCACCAAACUGUGUUUUCAGUGAAGAAGGAAAAAACUAUGUUUGUUCUGGAGUGGUGUGUUUUGUCAGCAAACAUCGGGCGGAUGGAAAAAUUAUAUCCAGGAAAGGAUGCCUGCAAACAGAAUAUGAGACAUGCAGGGGUAGCAUACAAAAAAACUAUGGCAUGACAUGCUGCUCGUCCAACAUGUGCAAUUUAAAUUUAACCAUUAUGUUGCAAGGUGAAAAAGAUAAAGUGGGUCCAUCUCUUACGAACCUUCUCCUGAUGAUCUUGGUCCCACUGUUUGCCAUUGUACUCCUUGCUGUGUUGAUGGGGCUCUUUUUAUGGAAAGUGUGCCAGAACCAUCAAAAGAAAAUGCAGCUUGGGUCUGAUGAUUUAGGAGAUAUGGAUUUCAUCCUGAAGUCAUCCAUCGCUGGCGACAGUACCUUAGAAGACUUGAUGGAAGAUGACUGCACUACUGGGAGUGGCUCAGGACUGCCCUUCCUUGUCCAAAGAACUGUCGCUCGGCAGAUCACACUGUCUGAAUGUGUCGGCAAGGGACGUUAUGGUGAGGUGUGGCGUGGAAUAUGGCAUGGGGAAAAUGUGGCUGUCAAGAUCUUCUCGUCCCGGGAUGAGCAGUCAUGGUUCCGGGAGACCGAGAUAUACAACACGGUGCUGCUGAGGCAUGACAACAUCUUGGGGUUCAUCGCCUCAGACAUGACCUCCAGGAAUUCCAGCACCCAGCUCUGGCUGAUCACCCACUACCAUGAGCACGGUUCCCUCUAUGACUACCUGCAGUACACUGCGCUGGAUGUGGAGACCUGCCUCCUCCUGGCCUCCUCCAUCAUCUGUGGGCUCGUUCACCUCCAUGUGGAAAUUUUUGGCACUCAGGGCAAGCCAGCCAUUGCUCACCGUGACCUGAAAAGUAGGAACAUCCUGGUCAAGAACAAUAAACAGUGCUGCAUUGCUGAUCUAGGUCUGGCAGUCAUGCAUUCCCAAAGCACUGACUUCUUGGACAUUGGAAACAACCCACGGGUGGGCACCAAGCGUUACAUGGCACCUGAAGUCUUAGAUGAACAGAUUCACAUGGACUGCUUUGAAUCCUUCAAGCGGACCGACAUCUGGGCCUAUGGCCUCGUACUCUGGGAGAUCGCCCGGAGAACAGUCGUGAAUGGGAUUGUGGAAGAUUACAAGCCUCCUUUCUUUGAUAUGGUGCCAGUUGACCCCAGCUUUGAAGAAAUGAAGAAAGUGGUUUGUGUUGACCAGCGGACGCCUACCAUCCCAAACAGGCUGUUCUCUGACCCGACUUUGUCUGCCUUGGCUAAGAUCAUGAAAGAAUGCUGGUUCCAGAGUCCCCCGGCCAGACUCACGGCACUGAGGAUUAAAAAGACACUGAAAAAACUCAGCAAUUCCUUCGACAAACCCAAACAAAACGCCUAACUGUGGGGACCGGCCCUGGGACCAGAGAUCAAGUUUCUGAUUCAUUAGUUCAGCAAGGAAGUUCAAGGUCACCCACCUCCCACUUCACUUUCCAGCCACUGGCCUUGCUGACUGGGGUCAAUGGGGCUGCAGCAGCAAGCAAGCAGACCUCGCCUGAAUUCUGGGCAAGAGGAAUUGGGCUAUGAGCCCUCAGGACUGGGAUUGAUCCUUUGCAGGGAAAUUGCAUGGAACAGAUGACGGGCUUCGGUCCUCCUUAAUUUGUUUUCUCUAACAACAAAAGGGACCGGGAAACACCAGCUUCCCUCCUCCUCUUUCUCUCUCAGAACAUAUAUUAAUAUAAAUACCCCCUGGAUCUGUAACCUGACGCCAGUCGGUCUCGCCACCAACGCCUGAAAAAAUGGGAGGGAUCCUACUUGGAAAGAGCACAGCUGCUCUGCCCAAAGGGGUGCUGCCUUGGAAACACCAGUUAAGAGUCAUUCAUAAGCUGGUUUCUCUCCCUCCCUCCCUUUUCUAAAAAAGAUUGGGUAUGUAGGAUCUGCUUGUGUGUGUUCAAAUACUGCUUGCAUGUCUGCAUGUGUACAAACAAGAGGGAAUACAGAUUGCAAGGCUCCUACUU